GAGCAUCAAAAUGAAAACACUGGGACUGACGUUCCUCUGCAUCGUUGCGGCGGUGUUGAUCGCACCUGGGCAUUUCCAUGACGCGAACCUUGCACCGGCCAGAGUGCGCAGGCAGGCCAGCAACUCCACAAACUCGACCUUGCCAGAUAAUUCGACGUCGACCACCGUGUCAAUUUCAACUGUAAACUCGACCAAUGCUAAUUUGACGACGUUGACCACCAACAAUGCAACGGCGACCGGCAACAACUUGACGGCCAGCACCACUCCCGUCCCUGCAGUCAACGCGACGCCACCAGCAGGAAACGUGACGCAACCAGGAGCAAUUAAUGCUACUACAUUAAACUCGGGUGGAAAUUCUACAACAACUAUGCAGUCAACCUCCACGACAAUCGCCAUAACUACCACUACUACAACGGUAACAACUGCGACAACAAAAGCAACUAAUAGCAAUUCCACGACCAAAGUGACUAUGACGACGGCAAAGGGCGCCGCGGCUGCGUAUGCCAGCGUGCCCUGCAGCAAUGUCAACCCAAAGAUGUUGCUGAAAAAAUGCUGCCACUCGCCGAUCGAGGAUUUCUUUGCCGAGGACCAAAAGCUCAAGUGCAACAGUUACAAGAAACAAAGCGUGAUGUUCGCCGUGACCAAGGAGUACGUCCUCAGCAAAUACCAAAGCAAGAAGGCCAACGGCGUCAACUUUGCCUCAAAGGCGUUUGCCACGAAUAUGGGAAAACAAGUUUGCCUAGUUGAGUGUCUCUUCAGAGCAAACUCUCUGAUUGACAGUAAUGACAACUUGGACACUGCCCUGCUGGAGACUUACAUGGCCGAAAACCUGGACAGCACGUGGAGCGAAGUAGUGAAAACGGCGGUCACGGAUUGCGCGGCGGAAGUGCAAAGCGUCACCGUUGAUUCAGUCAGCGUCAAGUAUUCGCCCAAGGUGACCAAAACGUGCAAGACCAACGCGCUCAGCAUUGCGCAAUGCAUCCUCAAACAAAUUGGAACGAAAUGUCCUGCCUCAGCUCAAGAUACGACGACGCCAUGCAAAAGGACAAGGAGCGUGUUGGACAGGUGCAACCCUUUUGUAGCGGUGGAGAUGGCCACCGGAAAGCAGGCCAAGGUGGCGACCCUGACGCAAAGGUCGGGCCUGCUUAGGAAGAGAACCUUCAUAAAGCCGGCAAACUGGGGGCCUGUGCUCACCGCGGACUACAAGAAGAACAAAUAGGAUAAAUCAUUAACUUAAUUAAUUAGUUUCACUUUUGUAUGAAGAAUUUUUGGAUUGAAAUUUUAUAAUGAAAAAAAUUUAUAAAAGAAACAUUGGCAAAUAAA